CAAGUGAAUUUCAACGGUGAAAACAUAUUCUACCUUUAAUAUACUUAUUUGUGACCGCAUAGAACAAGCACUAUUAAAUUUUCUGAAAACUUCGGGACGAUGGUUGACAUACCUACAAUUCCUGAAUUCUACCGCAACAAAACCAUCUUCAUAACCGGUGGAAGUGGUUUCAUCGGAAAAGUCCUCGUCGAGAAGCUCCUUCGAUCGUGUCCAGACCUGAAAACCAUCUAUUUACUCUUGAGAGAGAAAAAGGGCCUAUCUCCUGAAGAAAGAAUCAAAACCAUCACCGAUUUACCACUCUUCGACGUUCUCAAAUCGAAAAAUCCCGACUCCCUAAACAAAAUUAAGAUCGUUGUUGGCGAUGUACGGGAGCUGGAUUUGGGGUUAAAUCUUCAGGAACGUCAAAUCUUGAUCGAUGAAGUGAAUGUCGUUUUUCAUGGAGCCGCGUCAGUGCGUUUCGACGAUAGCUUAACUGAUGCUGUCAUCUUGAACACGAGGGGGACUAGGGAGGUUGCUAAAUUGGUACUAGAGAUGAAGAAUUUGGAUGUUUUUGUUCACAUUUCGACGACUUAUUGCAACAGCGAUCGAAAGGUGGUCGAAGAAAGAUUGUAUCCUGCUGUUGCCGAAUGGGAGAAGACUAUAGAAAUAGCGGAAAACAUAGAUAGACAUACUUUGAACGUAUUGACCGAAAAGUAUAUACAUCCGCAACCAAAUACUUAUACUUUUGCGAAGUCUUUGGGCGAGCACGUAGUCUACGAUAUGUGUAAUGGAAGAAUACCUCUUGUUGUUUAUCGACCUUCUGUUAUUAUCAGUACAAACAUCGAACCCAUCCCAGGUUGGAUCGACAAUUUUAACGGUCCCAUAGGUCUCACGGUAGGUUCCGGAAAAGGCUUAGUGCGCAUCAUUUACUCUGACCCUAACAACAUUACGGACUAUAUGCCAGUUGACGUUACGGCGAAGGCUCUCAUCAUAUCUUCGUGGAAACAAGCUACAUACAAAGACGCAAGCCACAGACUCAACCCAUCAUUCUACAACGGUAGUAAUAACGACGUGAACAACACAACUAUACAAACCGUCGUCGAUUUGGGCACCGAAAUAUGGAAAGAAUGCCCCUACGAUAAUGUUUUAUGGUACCCCAACCCAAAAAUCACCAAGUGCUACUACAAUUAUGUUUUUCAAAUGUUGAUGUAUCAACUUAUACCGGCUUUACUCAUCGACGGCAUGCUUAAAUUAAUGGGCGAACGACCGAUGCUUACUAAACUUCAGAGAAAAAUUCACACUGCUAAUGUAGCCCUGGCUUACUUCACACACAACAACUGGAAGUUUGUUAACAGCAAUUUUUUUAAUUUGGUGGAAGAGUUGUUACCUGCGGAUUUUGACAGUUUUUCCUACAAAUACGAGAACACUGUGAUUUAUACAUAUAUAUUUGACUGUAUUUCAGGUACUAAAAAGUACCUUUUAAAGGAAAAUGAUAUUAACAAAGCGAAGAAACAUUUUUUGAGAAUGUGGGUAUUGGCUAAAAUUUUCAAUUUCUUGUGGUAUUUGGGGCUGUUUUGGCUUAUAUUUAUUAAAAUUGAGGUUGUUUCCUUAGUAUUUGAUAACUAUAAUGACAUGAUUUGGCAAACUGGUGUCAACUGGAUAAACUAAAAAUGCCAGCUAUGUUUGUUCUUCAUCCAGGUUUUUGGUUAUUAAGUUUUUAAAAAUCAGCGUGUCGUGUCCAUUAAUUUCUUAAAUUUUAGUUGUUAUUAACAAAUAUUUGACUUUGUAUUUAAUUUAUUGUAAUGUUACAAAUUAUAUUUUUAAAUUAUAGU